AUGGAGGAAGUGAGAAAACGAGAAAAUGGGACCAUGGAGAAUCAAAUCCAAAGAAAACCAAGAAUUCUUUGCCUCCAUGGAUUCAGAACGAGUGGUGAAAUCCUGAAGAAAUUGAUUUCUCGAUGGCCCGAAUCUGUUCUUGAGGAGUUGGAUCUUGUGUUUUUAGAUGCACCUUAUCCUGCUCAGGGUAAGUCUGAUGUUGAAGGGAUUUAUGAUCCUCCAUUCUAUGAGUGGUUCCAGGCCGAUAAGGAUUUCAAAGAAUACUACAAUUUUGAAGAAUGCCUUGAUUACAUUGAAGACUAUAUGCUAAAGCAUGGACCAUUUGAUGGUGUUCUGGGUUUUUCUCAGGGUGCACUUUUAUCAGCAGCCUUGCCCGGCAUGCAAAGGGAAGGUGUAGCACUUACCAAAGUUCCAGAUAUAAAGUCUCUCAUUGUUAUAUCAGGAAGCAAAUUUGGGGGUUCCAAAUUUGGGUUGCCCAAACUUGCCGCCAAUGCAUUUUCAUCUCCAAUCAAGUGCCCAUCACUGCACAUUAUAGGUGAAUUGGACUUCAUGAGGGAAGAGGGUGAAGCUUUACUGAACUCUUUUGUGGAUCCUGUUGUGAUUAAACAUCCCAAGGGACACACAGUACCAAGGUUAGUUGGGGAAGACCUUGAGAAAAUGCUGGAUUUUAUUCAGAAAAUGUAA